AUGGCCUCGCUGGCCUCCCUCUUCCCGCGUCGCACCGCCGUCCUCUUUGGCGUGCCCGGCCUCGGCGUCCCGAGCGACUGCGCCCGGCUCGCCCGGCGGACGGCGGCGCGCUGCGACGCCCUCGCCGCCGCGGUCAUCUCGGCUCACCGCUCGGGCGGGCCCGCGGCGCCACGGCGCAUCGUGCGUGGCCUCGACGCCCUCUCGAGCACCGUCUGCGGGCUGGUCGACCCGCUCGAGCUGGCGCGCUCCGCCCACCCGGAGGAGGAGAUGGUGCGGGCCGCCGACGCGGCCCAUGGCGAGCUGUGCGAGACGCUCCACCGACUCAACACCUCGGCGGAGCUGCACGCGGCUGCUGCCGCAGCGGCACGCCCCGCUGUGCGAGGCCGAGGCGAGGCUGGCUCGGGCCUUCGUCUCCGAGUUUGA